AUGACCAGAGCCCUGAAAAUCCUGUUCAUGCCCGUGGACGCCAUUGGACACGUAAAUUCGGCCAUUGGCAUAGCCCAGGUACUUUUAGAUGCCGGGCACCAGUGUAUAUUCGCCAUCAAUAACCAAUGGAAAGGUAGACUAAUUAAGUACGGCUUCCAAGAGGUACUACUGACUCAACCGGGACGUCAGGAAAAUGUCGACCCUGCUAAGUACUGGUCCGAGUUAUUCGUGAAUGUAGGCGGUAUUAAAGCUACCGAUCCCUUGGAAACCCAAAUAAAUUUAGCGAAAAAUUUAUAUCCCGUUAUCAUUGAGCAAAUAAAGACCAUGGAUCCGGUGAUUGAGAAACUACUGGUGCAUAUAGCACCCGAUGUUAUUGUCGUGGAUCACGCCUUUGAGGUCCCUGCGGUAGCAAGGUCUGGUAUACCCUGGGUGUGGACCUGUAGUUUUAAUCCAUUGAUGGCCGGGUAUGAUGAACGGGUCCCACCGCCUGGAUUAGGAUUGCCAUCCAUUGGCCUCAACGGUCACCAAAACGAGUGGAAUCGGUGUCGACAGGCGCUCAACCUAGCCGUCCGGGACCACUGGUCAGCCUAUAAUAAAUGGGUUCAAUCACGUGGUCUACCAGCACUACAUGAUUACCAAUUCUACCACGGCUCACCCUAUCUCAAUAUAUACGGCUAUCCACUGGAGUUGGAUUACCUGGAUAUGAGAUCAAUGCCCCCGAAAUGGCAUCGAUUUGACAAUCUUAAGCGCACGGAACGGGAGGGUAGCUUCGAGAUACCGGUGCCGUUGAAAAAUAAAGCCGGAAAACUCGUAUACUUUUCCAUGGGAUCCAUGGGUGGGGCCGAUGUGGACAACAUGAAUAGGCUGUUGGCUAUAUUGGGUAGGACUCGGCACCGGUAUAUCGUGUCUAUGGGUCCCAAACACGAGAGUAUCAAACUGUAUGAAAAUAUGUGGGGCGCGGCUACUGUUCCCCAAAUACAAGUCCUACCUGUAGUUGAUUUGGUUGUAACCCAUGGAGGGAACAACUCUAUCACCGAAACCAUGUAUUUCGGGAAACCUAUGAUAGUCUUACCCCUGUUUGGCGAUCAAUACGAUAACGCACAGAGGGUUCAGGAAAGGGGGUAUGGCCUGAAACUGGAUGCCUAUAACUGUGAUGAAUACCAAUUGUUUAACGCGAUUGAAGGCCUACUAAAUGAUAGGGAAAUGAAUGAUAGGUUACAAAAGAUAUCGAAACGUAUACAACAGGAUAAUAGUAUCGCAAUGUUGCCGAAACUUAUCCAGGAUAUUGUCAAUAGUAAAACGGUUAUUGAUUUGAAUAAUAAUUCAGAGGAUUAA